AUGCAGUUUGAGUACGAUGAGCAGGGAGGAACAUUUUUAUAUUUCUUGCUAUGUUUUUGGCUCGCCGCCAUCGUUUCUGCGACCUGCUACUUUUUUCCUCGCAAAUCGAAUAAAGAUGAAGCUCAUAAAUCUCAAAGGCAAUGUUCUUGUCCACCAUGUCGAAAGAAACAGCUGCAAUUGAAAGCCAAAGAACCUUGGACCAAAGCCAAACAGAAUGCAAUCAAAAUUGUUCUCGUUCUGGGAUGGCUCAUCUUCUUCCUUUUGGCCUACAAAUGUUACAAAAUGGAUAGUGACAAUAAGGAGUACGAUCCGUUUGCAGAACUUGGUGUUGACAGAGGAGCUAGCAUUGCUGACAUCAAGAAAGCUUUCCGUAGACUUAGUUUGAAAUACCAUCCUGACAGAGAAUCUGGAGACUCUAAGAAGUUUAUGCUUAUUGCAAAAGCUCAUGCAGCAUUAACAGAUGAGGAAUCUCGUAAGAAUUGGGAAGUCUAUGGAAAUCCUGAUGGACCUGGAUUCAUUCGGUUUGGUAUUGCACUUCCCAAAUGGAUUGUAGAACGAGAAAAUUCCAUGUGGGUAUUGGCUGUGUAUGGUUUAGUGUUUAUGAUAUUGUUGCCUAUUGUAGUGGGCAUAUGGUGGUAUCGUUCCAUCAAAUUCAGUGCUGAUCAAGUUCUUCUUGAUACUACACACUUGUAUUUGCAUUUCUUUAACAAAACUCCAACAAUGCAACUUAAACGUGUAAUCAUGAUUCUUGCUUCAUCAUGGGAAUAUGAGAAAUUACACAAUGCUGAAAUCAUUGAGCGUCCAAGUGAUAAUGAAGAGUUGCCUGCUCUGAUGCGAGAAUUAAGCAAUCUUGGAGAGAGCAACAAGGAACGUCCCUUGUGCUUUCCUUACAGCAUGAAAGCCAGGGUGCUUCUUUUUGCACAUAUGGCACGGAAGGCCCUUCCUCCAAACACUUUAGAAAUUGAUAAGCAGUAUAUUUUGAAGAAGUUUCCCAGCCUUAUCAAUGAGAUGGUCAAUGUGGUUGCUCAGUUAGUGGCAGGAGCUGUUCAUGGCAAGUGUACCUUAAUGCCUUCCCUUGAGACUUUGGAGCACAUAAUGAAGGCAUCACAACUCCUAACUCAAGCCUUACAGGAGAAAUCCAGUCCCUUGCUUCAGUUGCCCUACAUUACACAGGACAUGCUGAAAUAUUUUGUUUGUCGUAAGAGGAAUAUUCGUUGCAUCCGUGAUUUUAUUUUGAUGAAAGAUGAUGAACGUCGGUCAAUCCUCCGCUCUUUAACUGAUGAAGAAUAUUUGGAUGUAAUGGAAGUGUGUGCAUCAAUGCCUUAUGUAACUUUGGAAAUUAAAUCAGAAGUAAUUGAUGACGAUGAUUCGACCAUCACAGCCGGCUCAAUUGUUACCGUAACUGUGACUCUAAAACGAGAAAGCCUUGGUGAUCAUUAUGCAAAUUCUAUAACUCCUGCAGAGGUUAAAGAAAACACUGAAGAAAAUCAUACUGAAGUAAUUGAAGAAGCAGAAAAUCAGCCUCAAACAACAGAUUCUCCUCAAAGGAAACCAAAUCGUGUGUGGGAGAAAGACAAGAAAAGGAAGAAGAACAAUAAAAAAGGAGCAAAAACUAAAAAGAAGCUUAAGGCAUCAGCCCAGGCACGAGGAGCAGCAGCUGCUUCGGCUGCGGCUGCUGCAGCAGCUGCCGCAGCAGCAUCAGAAAACAGAGAGGAUAAAAAAGUUUGCACAAUUGGUGCUGCUACUGCUGAGAAGGGUACUGCUGAGAAUGGAAAGGGUGAUGCUGAAAAUGGUUCUGACCACGAAGGCAGUGAUAACUCUGAUUCCCAAGAGGAUGCCAAAGAAGCAAAUGGUGAUUCUAAUUCCAAUGCAAAAGAUGAUGAUGAUGAUUGGUCAAAAUUUCAAGCAGAAAUGAAAAAAGAAACUAUCUUGGAAACCAAAUCUAAAGAAAGCCAUAUUGUUCAUUGUCCAUAUUUCCCUCUGGACAAGCAAGAAUGCUGGUGGUUAUACAUAGCUGACAGAAAAAACCGAAUGCUUAUAUCUGCUCCUAUGUAUAUUUCUAGUUUAAAAUAUGAAGAUACAGUUGAAUUGAAAUUCUCUGCUCCCAGGAAGCCUGGCAUUUAUCACUAUUCAGUCUAUCUUCGAUCAGAUUCAUACCUUGACUCUGACCAAGUGCAUCCUUUAAAGCUUGAUGUGAAACAAGCCAAAAUCAUUCAGGACCAUCCCCAGUGGGAGAUUUCCGAUGACGACGACGAUGAUGACAAAAAGGAAGAAGAAGCCAGUGGUGAUUCUGACUAUUCUACAGACAAUGAGGAAUCAGAGUCUGACUAA